AUGGCAGCUGUAGCUGGAUUAUAUGGUCUUGGUCCAGACGAUCGAGGCCAUCAAAGGCGUCGUGGUCAACAGCAGCAGCAGCAACAACAGCAUGAGAAAUCUAUGCAAACACCCGAUGGGCUGAGCGAACCAACUCCAAAUCCAUCAACAAAAACUUCAUCGAACUACAGACAAAAUAUUCAAAUUCAGCUUAAUUCAGCUUCAGUUUUCAUCAAUAUCUAA